AUGAACAAUAACAACACGAACAACAACAAGACAACCAACACCAGCAGCGGCACCGCCAGCAACAACAACAACAACAACAACAACAGCAACAGUAGCAGCGGCCAAAACGGCGGCACCACGGCCACGCCGCCACCCAAGAAAGAACUCAAAACCACACCACCUCCGGCGUCGGUCUCGCCCGUCGACUACAAGCCUCCCGUCCCGUCCCCGAUACUCCACAGCUCAGGCGGGCCCCUCUCCGGGGUCAACCAGCCCCGGCGGGACAGCAACGACGUCUGGAACCCGGCGAACCCCAUGUUCCAGCCGAUGUCGGACUUGAGCAGCUGCAUGCAGCGCCAGCACUACGGGCUGCCCAACGGCCAGUCGCAGUACGGGCAGCAGAACUAUAACAGCUACCACCACUACGGCGCCAACAUGGACUCGCCCUACUCACUCUCGGGCAUGCAGAUACCGGUCAUGCCCGGCUCGCACCAGAUGGGCAACGUCUCCUCACAGCACUACCAGAUGUCCGGGUACGGGGCGCUUCCGUCGGCCAACACCCUUCCCCGCCCCAACACCCAGGCGCAUUCCGACUGCGGCGACUACAAAGACUACGUCCGUUUGUUCUGA